AUGGAUGUAGAGGUUCCAGUUGCUGCGAUCCCUCCACCUUCCGUCCAAAAUGAACCUGUUACUUCAUCAACAACGCCUAAUCCGACGUCCACAGUACCCGCUCAGAACGGUGUUAGUACAAGUGAGACGGUGAAUGCAAAUAGCACAUCCAGUGCUACUUUGCCAUCAUAUGCAGCCGCCAUGCAUUUCCCGAGCGAAGCCCUGGUCGCGAUGCCCGUCCUACCUCAAACUGGAAAUAUAGUCGUGGGGCCAGGUGCUAGGAAAGAAGCCCAACUGCUGGGUCUUGGUCUGGUGAAACUGCGGAGUAAACAGAAAGAUUGGUUAUCGGACGCGAAAAAGUACGCGAAGGAGCAAUCCAUAAAACAGGUUCUUCUCAGACAGACCGUGGCACAUCAACAGAACCAACAGAAAGUGGCCAUGUAUGCACAAGCACUGUCACUGAUGGCUCGUGUCUAUAUUGGCUCAAUCAGUUUUGAAGUUCGUGAGGAAAUGAUCAAAAAUUCAUUCAGUGUUUUUGGUCCAAUCAAGUCAAUCAAUAUGAGUUGGGAUGCUGUUACAGGGCAUCACAAGGGUUUUGCAUUUUUGGAAUAUGAAGUUCCUGAGGCGGCCUUACUGGCACAGGAAUCCAUGAACGGUUUAUUGAUGGGCGGUCGCAAUCUGAAGGUCGGGCGUCCGUCGAACAUGCCACAAGCACAACCGAUUAUCGAAAUGGUCAUGCAAGAGGCUAAAGCCUAUCACAGAGUCUACGUGUCGUCAGUUCAUCCGGAUUUAUCGGAAUCCGACUUGAAGAGUGUAUUCGAGGCAUUCGGUGAAGUUACCAAAUGUCAGCUGGCAAGAGCGACUGGACCAAAUGCAGGCAGUGGACAUCGUGGUUUCGGUUACUUGGAAUUCAGUAACGCAUCAUCAGCAGCCGAAGCGAUUGCGGGCAUGAAUAUGUUCGAUUUGGGUGGGCAGUAUUUACGGGUCGGUCGGUGUAUAACACCACCGGAUGCACUCACCUACAUCGUGCCCACCUCGUCGAUCAACCUCCCGACUGCAGCCGCUGUGGCUGCUGCCGAAGUUACGGCCAAAAUCCAGGCACAAGAAGUGGCUGCUGGACAUUCCCCACUUCAUAAAGUUGCAUCCGCAUCAAAGAUCUCUGGAUCACCAUCUGGCAUGCCAGGUGGUAUUCCAUCCAUAGGUAUGGCCAAUGUUCCAUCCGUAGGUGUGCUGGGUUCGAUUCCGGCCGUUGGAAUGGCUACGAAUCUACCUCAAUCGAUAGCAUCGUAUCGUUCGCCAGGUAGCAGUUCACCAGUCCCAGCAGCAUCCGCUCAGACACCGUCAUCUCCGCAGUUCGUUUCGGCAGGUUAUCCAUCUACGCCACCACAAGUGCGUGUAUCACAUUGCCCGCUCCUAUUUCAGGUGGUUCAAUACCCACUGCCAGCCGGAACGCCACCUCCACUGCCGUCAUCAGUUCCGGCCCCGUCACAAAUACCGAUUCCUGCGGCCACGCCACCGCCAGUCGGUGUGACGACCUCGUCAGGAGCAAGUCAGCAGUCUACUGGACGACGUGGCUUUGGAGGGUUCGCCACGCAAGCGCCACCCGUACAAAUGGUCAACAUUCCACCACCGCAAGUGAUCGCCACACCCGCACCUGUUCAAUCAGCGCAACUCAGCGCCAUACCGACACCCGUCACCACCACUAAUGCACAAACGCGUGCAGCGUGUAGAUUUAGUUCGCAUUGGUCAACGAGUAGUAUAUUUCAGGAGGUUUCGUCGAUACCUCCACCGCCCCCGCCGUCAGUUGUCUCGUCACCGUCGUUGAUAUCACGAAUCAAAAUCGGUACCGCCACCAAAAAUUGCUCAGUGGAACCGGCCAAAUUUGCGCCUUUACCUGCGAACAUAGCACCAGUGGAUCGAGCAGCUUCAACUAGUGAAUCGUCGUCAUCCGAUCAACUGGCAAUCACUGGAGGCAAUAACAUUCGUGAAGGCGAUUCGAUGGCGUUGGCCUUAGCGGACAGCUCGAUACCCGGAAGGAAGCAAGUUCAGACCACUUCAAAGGAUUCCUCAAAGGACAGGUCGAAGGACGAUCGCAGCACGCAAUACAGAAAGAAGAAAAACAAGAAACCAACUUCCAAUAAGCCUCAAGGACCGCAGUUGAACACUCCUCAAGCGUUGGAAGCAGCAAAUAGAGCUGGCGAAUUGAGCGAUCAUUUAAUGGAGGCGAAGAACGCGAAUUCUGAGGAUGUUUCGUUGGCAUCACAAGAAGGUCUUGAGAUUAGAGGUAACGACGCUCGACAUUUGCUGAUGCAUAAGUUGAUGAGAACGAACCGCUCGACAGUGAUCGUUCUCAAGAAUAUGGUAACAAUCGAGGAGUGUGACGAUGAGCUCGAGGGAGAAAUCAGAGACGAAUGCAUGAAAUAUGGCAAGGUCCAAGAGGUGAUAAUCGCCCAAGAUCCAGUCAAUAAAACCGUCAAAAUAUUUGUCCGUUUCGAUGAUAUUCAAGAGGCUGAAGUGGCAAGACAAGCGCUCGACAAACGUUAUUUCGCCGGUAAAGAGAUCUCAGCACAGAGUUACGACCAGAUUUUAUUUGAUCAUAAUGAUUACACUGGUUGA